AUGGGAAGCCGCGGGUCUGGCGUGCCGGGGCCCACGCUCUUCCUGCUGCUGGUGCUGCCGCCGCCGCUGCUGAGCGCGGGGAGCUUCCAGCACGACGGUCCAGGCUGGAAGGACCUCCACCACCUCAGUCUGGACUGGGGGAACCUCUACCGCCACCUCAGCCAGGACGCGGGAAACUUCCACCACCUCCGCGGCCCCAGCACCUGGACCCGGAAGAGCCGGGCAGAAGACAAGAAUUCCUGCCAGAGCUCUUUUGACCUCUACUUCAUCUUGGAUAUGUCAGGCAGUGUGAACAACAACUGGAUGGACAUUUACACCUUUGUGGAGGAUUUGGUCAAGAAGUUUGACAACCCUAACCUGCGGAUGUCCUUCAUCACUUACUCCACACUGGGUCACACCCUCAUGAAGCUCACCUCAGACAGGAAUGAAAUUCGUGAUGGUCUUAGCAGACUUCAGAAUAUAGUACCUAGUGGAGCCACACACAUGCAGGAAGGAUUUAAAAAGGCAAAUGAACAGAUUCAACAAGCUAACUCAGGAGGUAAGCUGCCUGCUGACGUCACUGUGCUCAGGUUCCUCCUCUGCGCAGAGCUCUGGGUGGUGGGUGCUCUGGUCAAGGUGGCCUCUCCCCAGGAGGAGGAGGUGUGGGAGCAGUGCUGUGGGCCCGGCAGCCUGAGGCAGGUCACUCCAGGUGCCUUGCUGACCAGGCCACUCCCUGCUUCUGCAGAAAACAAGGUUCCCUCUGUGAUUAUCUCCUUGACCGAUGGAACCCUGGAGGAAGCACCGUUUGAAAUGACUAAGGAAGAAGCUGACAAGGCUCGGAAAAUGGGAGCAACAGUAUACUGUGUGGGUGUAAAAGACUUUGAGGAAGACCAGUUAUUGGAAAUUGCAGACAGCCCCCGUCACGUCUUUGGAGUGGACCAAGGAUUCAAGGCUCUUAAAUACAUCGUUGAGCCACUCGGAACUAAGUCCUGUAUUGAAAUUACAGCUGUGGAGCCUUCCAGUGUCUGUACAGGAGAUGAAAAUGAAUUGAUGAUUUCUGGAAAAGGAUUUAAUAAUGCAAAGAAGAAGGAUGAAGUUAUUUGUAGAUUUAAGUUCAGCGACAAGCAGUUCUUUGAUAUAAAAGCCAAGUCUGUGAAAGAUACCAGUAUAACAUGCCCAGGAGUAAAGAUAGAGAAGCCAGAUCAGGAGGUCUUUGUUGAAGUUAGCCUGAACAAUGGUGUCAGCGUCAUCAACAACAAUGUUAGCAUCACCAGCAAGAACUGUGCAAGUACCAGGGAAGGGGGACCAGAUGACAAGAGUGCCCCACCAGCUGCCCCACCAGCUGCCCCACCAACUGCCCAGCAGCCUCCCGAGGAGCCUCCCUCAUCACCACCCCCACAGUUCAUCCCCUAUGUCAACCCUCUCUACUUCUCUGCCCUCAUCCCAGCCCUGCUCCUGUUCCUCCUGGUGCUCUGGUGCAUCUGGUGGCUGUGCCGCAGGAAGACUACAAAGGAGCCGCCACCAGUGCAGAAACCAGAAAGGGAGCCAGAGGAGACAUGUCAAAUGUCAUGCCCCACAGUGAUUGUCCCUUGUGGGUGCCAAGGAGGCAGGAUGAAACGAAUGGAGGGAAAACUGGAUACCUUGUGUGACUUUGUCCAGCGCUGCAACCAGAUGUCAUUGAUGUGGUGUCCGCCCAGGGACAUGGGGAAGUGCCUCAACUUUGCCCUAAUGAAGCCCCACUGUGGGCAAUUGCACUGCAGCCCUAAGGUCUGCCUUCAACCCAGCCGGGAGUGCUUCUCCAUCAACAGCUGCUGCUCACGGUGCCAAUGCCCCCCCGCCCGUUGCUCCAGGCUUCCCUCCAGGAUGCAGCCGCUCGUCUCUCCCCCUGCCCGGCCACGCUGCGGAGCCACUUUGUCACUCCAGCCCCCGUAG